AUGCAUUUAGGUGUUCAAGGAAAAGUAGUGCAUCUGGUUGCCAGACCUCCUCCAGUUACGAGAGAACAGUCAUCUUCUGGAACAGCAGCAACUGACUCAACAGCUAAUGUGAGUGGUUCUGGUCUAGGCGACUUUACAUUUGGAGGUAUAAGUAUGCAGCAAGCUAUACAAGACAUAACUUCUGGAAUACUGAGUGGUGUAAGCGAGCUAAGCAGAGCUACUAACCUGCCUCUCUCUCGUGAUAAUGGUCUUUCUGGUGACUCCGUUUAUGAUCAUUCUUUAAUAACCCUACGAGAAAAUACUUUCAAUAAGUUGCAUCGCCAAGCUACUCGCCUUACUCAAAAAAUAUCCCAAAUAACAUCCAAAGACUUUCAUAAUAACAAGGUAGAUCCCUCAGAAAUUGAACCAUCUCCUUCCACGUCGCAUUCCAUCAACCAACGUGACAUUCAAACCGUUGAAAUAAUUAAUACUCGUGAUUAUGCAGAUGAAACUUCCAACCGAGAAUCAUCACCCAUGUUAGUGGAUGUCGAUGAAUAUGAUAAAAUUUCCCCAGACGAGAUCAAAAACGCUGAUAAUAAUGACCAAUCAAAAACUGAGGAAGAAAAUAACGCAGAAAAUGUGGAUAAUUCAAUAAGUUCUACACCACAACCUUCUUUGGCUUUGUUAGCAGAUAUGCUUGGUAAAUAUCGUCAACUGUGGCACUCUAUAGAACCCCAGUUAGAUCAGUGGGGAGAAAUGUUGCGCAACGAAAGCAAGAUUGUGGGGACUGCAUCUGGAAUCUUUUCCACAGUUGAAGACUCUUCUACACUAGAAAACGUUGGUCAUACAUCACAAGACAUUGAAACUGAGAGUAGACCACUUCAAGCGUUGAACUGGCAUCCACGUAUUUUUUCUCAAGUGAGCCGUUUACUACACUUAAACGCCCAUAUGCUUCAUUUGAUAUCCGAUUUUAAUGUGAUUACUAUGACCGAACGCCAGACACAACAAGUCGGUAGUAACAUUCCCACCUCUCAGACUAGUAACUCAGAAGCUAAAACAUCAACAUCUCAAAGACAGAAUCCUAAUGUGAAUACGUUAAUUGAUCCUACGAGUGGUCCAAUGCGAGAGGAAACGAAGCAAAUUCCACAAGUCAAGCGAUGUACUCAACGGGUUUUAAGUGUUUCAGAUACAGAUAGACGUCGGAUACGCGCACGAAUUAGUGUUGAACCACCAGAUCUUACUAUCGUAGCAACUGGAGAUGGACAGGAACCGCGGAUUAUUAGAUCUGAACAUCCUGUUUCUAAUAUUGGCUCCGCGACUUCACGUAUUAGAAGCCGAUCAGCGUCUAAUAUAAACCGCGCUAGUAACCUUCGAGAGGAAAGUACUCCAGCUGUAACGAGUCCAUUCAAUGCAUCUAACUCUGCAAUGACUACGACUACGACCUCUUUGGGUAACGGGCGCACGGCUAUAAUCCAUCGGUUUGAUAUUCCGAUAAUAUCUGUAAACACGUUCAGUCUCCCAGCUGCUCCAUUUUUAGCAUCACUUUCAUCUUCAGCAACGUCAACAAGUGUACCUACUAGUAUUAUGUCAAUCCCAUCUACAACACGCACUUCAACCACUACCAAUGAUUCACUUCCAACUACUCAUACCAACGUAACUAUGGUUCCUCGCCCAUCACUCCCUCCACUUACAGUAAUUGAUUCAAUUGAUCCAUUUUUGGCAUGCAAUUCUCGUCACUUUUCACAUGAAGUUAGUCAUAGGGCUCCUACAUCACACAAUCUACCUGCACCACCACCACUAACACCAAUAAAUGAUUUUGUCACCCCCCAUAAUGUUACUACUAAUCGUAUGGUUCAUUCACAAGCAGCCGUAGAUCCUGUCACCUCAAGUAACCAAACAAGAUCUGGUUUACCGUCUCAAGUUUCGUUUUCAGGUUCUGUACCAUCAAGCACUCCAGGCGAUGUACCUACAGCGAACACUGGAACUGCCGGAACUAGAUCUGUAUCAUUUUCCCUUGGUUCAGGAAUCAGUCUCCCACAACAACUCUUAUCACUGGUAUCUGCUGCAACUAAUGCCGCGAUUUCGGCUGUGAAUACCGAUAAUUUCACUUCUGGUCCGUCACCAUUCAAUUUACUUGUUUCAUCGUCACCCAUACAAUUCACAAUAAAUACAUCCCAUCCUGUGACAACUUUAACAUCAAGUACAACAACAACAUCAACCACAACAAGCGGAUCAACAACGCAUAAUUCUGCAAGCGUUUUUGCGCGAAGUAAACCAUCAUGGGCAUCGAACGAAGUCAGUCAAUCGCAACUAAAAGGUGUAUUUCAAAUUUUCAGUGUACUCAUAGAUGGUUUAAUUAAAACAGUAUGGUCUAGGAUUUCCCAGUCAUCAUCAAAUUUGAUGGCCGCUUGUGAAAAUGUGGAUGAUCAAAAUUAUUCCGUGAAUAACGCAUCACGUGGUCGAAAUGUAUCCGUCGGGUUGCUAAGUGAUAUUAUUACCACUAUUCAUAAUGAGGUAAAUGCAGAUCCUAAUACUGAAAGCUGUGGUCACGUUACUUCAUCCUCCUUGGAUGGUUUACGCGAACAUCUGCAACACUAUCUUCUGUGUGCUGAGUCAGUUUUGGGGAAUAAUCAAUCAGAACUUGUCGAUUCGUUAGUCAGUGUUAUUUUUAGAGAUCGAUUGUCAGAUGCUUCUCAUAGUGAAUAUUCAAUAUGGUUAAGAAAUUUUGGUGAAAAUCUCCCUAAACCCUUGGUCGAUACAACAGCAUCGUUUGCCAAAUUAUGUAGGUAUAUUGUUUCUUCUCAGUUGGAUUUGUGGAGAGCCAGUCCAACUAAUACCGGGUUCGGUAGCACCCUACUAAUGACUCUGAAGAUUGCUUGUACAGACCUACUGUGCCUAACAGAUAUUCUAACAAACUAUCUUGCCACCUCUUUGGGUAUUGAACUACACACUACAGCAAGCUAUUCAGGAAGCUCCCGGGGAUUUCGUAACGAAAUGUUUGGCAUUACUAUGGGCUUCGAAAUGCUGUUGGAUCAUUUAAACUCAUUUUUGCAAGAACAUGAAGAUGAUGAAUAUUUUGACUUUGCUCAAGACUUUAUAACUGGUUUCGAGAAUUGCAUUAAAUCCUAUUGUGGUAUGGAUGAAACCACAUUACGUGCUAAGGUGACACAUCAAAAAUCUGCAUACAUUGAGUUCAGAAAGUCCCAAAUUCCUUCACCUAUGAUGGUUGAUCCGUCAAAUGGGGAGAUUCAACGAAAUGCAUUUGAUGAAGAUAUGCACGACGAUGAACUACCAUUUUUAGAUGCGUAUUCUGAUUUGCCUACGGAUGAAAUAAGCCCUUUUUUAUCAAUGAAACAGCAGUCUUCAGCUAUUUCAAAAUAUAAUGAUGUAUCUACUGGUCAGGCUAAAUUACAAUCAAAAAUAUCUACUUUACCUGAUUGGACUCCAAAACCAGGAGAAUUGCCUGAAAACAGGAAUGCACUUGAUCCUAAUCCGAAUACUACUCUGUCUAUGAGUCAUGACCUAUCACCUCCAAAUGAAACAGAAGGUUGGCACGCAGUUUUGCCUCCUGCCUGGAUUCACGUAGUCACUAGUGAUAUAUCUACUAUGUCACGUAACCUCCCAACCACUGAUGAUCCUAAUCAAUUCGGACGAUUUAGUGAUGGAUAUAUAGCAGGCAUGCCUGCCAAAAGACGAAAGGUUAUGCAAGAACACUCAGCGUCUUUAUUUCAGUCACCUGAGCAAUUAUUCAUAGAAUGCUUAUCCGAUGCUGUUGCAAGUGAUCACAUUAAUAAAGAGAAAACGAAUGAAUAUUCAAACAGCAAUGUAGAAGAUAAAUAUAAGUCGAGAGUCAGAAGACUUCCGACUGCAGACAUGGAAUUAGUGAACUGUUUGAGAGAUGUUGUUUCAGAUCGAUUAGCACUACGUCUAACAAAUGACCCAGACUUCAAUACGACACAAUUCCCACUGUCUACUCAAAAAUUUUUAAAACGAGAUCCGAAGGCAUGA